AUGCCCAAUCUAGAACACGAAUCUGUUGUAUCAAUGCUUUUCAAAUGUUUUGAUAGGCCAAAUAAUGGUGUAUUAAGAGGUCAUUAUGAUCCAUCCAACCCUGCACUAAAAAUCGAACCAGACCUUGCAAUUUACCCACAUAUUGCUCACGUUCCAAAACCUACUGUUACGCAUCCUGGUCCUCCUCCUAGCAAUGCAAAUGUACUUUGA